AUGAUUUAAAAUGCAGUUCCAGAAGAAAAAUAUCGGAAGCCCAAUCCUGUUGGUAAUCACAAAUGGGAUGAAGAAAAUUUUAUCAAUUUUUAAGUUACGCAAAAAGGAUAAGAAAUUAAAUUAGCAACUUACAGAUGCAACAUAACCGCAUAAUAACCAAAAUCGAUUACUGUAUUUUUUCACGGUUUGAAUGAGCAUCUUGGUUUAUAUGCUCAUAUAGCUUAGGCUGUAAGCAAAUAAGCUAAUAGUAUUACAGUAGGAUUUGAUUUUAGAGGAUUUGGAAAAAGCUAAGGAAUUAGAGGCUGGCUUGAGUCAAGAGAGUAACUAGAAAAUGAUUGCAUUCAAUUUAUAUAAAAAAUACGUAAUCUUUAUCCUGGUUUACCACUAUUUACUUUGGGACAAUCAAUGGGAGGAAUGGCUUCAUAUUUAAUGGGGUAGUCCAAUUAAUGUGAAGGAACAAUAUUAAUAACUCCAGCCAUCAUGGACAAUCGAUAUAAUUAAUCUUUUAUGAAGUCCUUAGGUCUGAUAUUUGGAGCUUGUUGCCCGACAUGGAAUCCUUUUCCUCCAGUAAGAUAGCCGGGAUCACGAAAUCCUCAAAUUUAAGAAGAAAAUCUUAAAGAUCCUUAUUGUACUUUAGUGGCAGUGCUACCUGGAACAGGAAGAACAUUGGUUUCAACUAUGAGAUCCCUUCCCCAAACAUUUUCUUCAUAUUAGAAACCAUUUUUAGUGAUUACUGCAGGCAUGGAUAAAGUCGUCGACCCUGAUGUUGGCUAAGAACUAAUGAAGUAAAGUCCCUCUUUAGACAAAUAAAUCAUACACUGUGAUUAGAUGUGGCAUAACUGUGUUCAAGAGGAAGAAAUACUUGAACUUAUCCCAAAAAUUACAGAAUGGAUUUAAUAAAGAUCUAAAUAAUAAUUAGGAUGA